AACUUUUUUUUCUCUAUAAAUAGAGACUUGGUUUGAUAGAUUUGGACACAGAAAAAAAAACCAAGUUUUUCCCCAUCUUUAUUAUCUCUCUCACCAUCUUAUUAUCCUUCUAUUAGCAUUUGUUUUGAAAUGGAUCCCAACAAUCACCAUUACAACACCCAGAAUUCUUCAAGCUACCCAAUUUCCAACCAAAAUCCCAACAACUAUGAAGAUCCAAAUCAAUUUUCUUACCCACGUCCUCAAAAUCCCACCAAUUAUCAAGUCCCACAUCAAUUCUCCAACCAACGUCCUCAAAAUCCAAACUAUUUUCAAGUCCCACAUCAAUUCUCCAACCAACAUCCUCAAAAUCCAAACUAUUAUCCAGAUCCAAAUCAGUAUUCGAACCAGUCAUCAUUUGUUCCAAACUUUCAUCCAUCUUAUGGAUCUGUGAGAUAUCCAUCUCAAACACCCCAGUCUAGUGGUUAUAUGCCAAUGGUUCGUGCAAAUUUUCCUAGUGUUGAUGGACCGGAAUUUCCGGAAUUUUCAACACAAGUCAAUCUUGGUGACGGGUCAGCUGAUAAUGAAGUCAAUGAAGUCACUCCUAAGAGCAAAAAAACGCAUGCACCCGCAUGGAACACUGCACAAAAUAUGGUGCUAAUUAGUGGGUGGAUUAACUGUGGAACAAGCAGUGUUGUGGGGAAAAACCAGAAAGGAGAAACAUUUUGGAGAGAUAUUGCUGAGUAUUGUAAUGAGCAUUGCUCAUUCGAUCCUCCGCGUGAUGGAAUUGCAUGUCGAAACCGUUGGAAUUAUAUGAACAAAAUACUGGGUAAAUGGAUUGGCGCUUAUGAUGCCGCUAAGCGUCAACAAGGAAGCGGUUGGUCGGAUAAUGAUGUUUUGGCAAAAGCGCAGGAAUUAUUCGCAUGUGGGAAGAAUGUUCAAUUUACUUUGAUGGAAGAAUGGAUCGCUCUCCGUGAUCUACCACGUUUUUGUAGUCAAGUAGGAGGAAAUGGUGGCUCAGCAAGUAGUGGAUCUAAGAGAUCUCACGACAGUGAUGCAUGUGGCUCAACCACUAUAGGAUCAAUUCCUCGUCCAAUGGGUAGGGAGGCAGCUAAAAGAAAGAAUAAAAAGAAAAGUAAAGAACCUGUCGUUGAGGAGAAGGGGAAAGUUUGGGUUGAAUACAAAGAUUUGAAGGCUCAAGAGAUUGCACGAAUUGAUAAGCUAACAAUGGUGCAAGAACAAACUAACCAAUUGAUGAAAACCAAUUUGUAUCUCAAGCUAAGUUCUGAAGAGGAUCUCGAUGACCGUAAGAAAGAGCUGUUGAGUAAGUUGGCCCCAUACCUUCAAAAUUCUCAACUUGAAGAAGCUUUUAUACUCAACCAAUUAGGGUUGGGUCCAAACCAAAAUUUGGAAGAUAGUGCACCUCGUAGAAAGUAUGUCCGUAGAGAUCAUGCAGCAGCAAACCGAAGGCUAAUUGACGACUACUUUGCCAAUGAGCCUACAUAUGACGAUUCAAUGUUUCGUCGUCGGUACCGGAUGCAAAAACACGUUUUCCUUCGAAUCGUUGGGGACCUUUCAAGUAGUGAUAACUACUUCACCCAGCGAGUUGAUGCAGCCAAGAAAGAAGGUAUAUCACCCUUAGCAAAAUGUACCACAGCAAUGCGAAUGUUAGCAUAUGGUGUGGCAGCAGAUGCAGUCGAUGAGUACAUCAAAAUAGGAGGUACUACAGCACUGGAGUGUUUACGUAGAUUCUGUAAUGGAAUCAUACGAUUGUAUGAGCACGAGUACCUGAGAGCACCAACUCAAGAGGACCUGCAAAGAAUACUACAGGUUAGUGAACAAAGGGGGUUCCCAGGCAUGAUCGGGAGUAUUGACUGCAUGCACUGGGAGUGGAAAAAUUGUCCUAAAGCAUGGGAAGGUCAAUUUACUAGAGGGGAUAAGGGAACCACUACAGUUAUUCUUGAAGCAGUUGGAAAGGCUCCAACUGUGAGUUUCAUUGUGAAUCAACGUCCCUAUAAUAUGGCAUACUAUCUAGCUGAUGGUAUCUACCCUUCUUAUCCAACUUUCGUCAAAUCGAUCAGACUUCCUCAAAGUGAACCGGAUAAGUUGUUUGCACAAGUUCAGGAGAGAUGUCGGAAGGACAUCGAACGUGCAUUUGGAGUUCUUCAAGCUCGUUUUAAAAUCAUCCGUGAACCAGCUCGUUUGUGGGACAUAGCUGAUUUGGGUAUCAUUAUGAGGUCAUGCAUCAUAUUACAUAAUAUGAUUGUUGAGGAUGAACGAGAUACAUUUGCUCAACGUUGGACCGAUUUUGAGCAAUCUGGGGAAGGUGGAUCUAGUACACCGCAACCAUACUCGACCGAGGUGUUACCCGCUUUUGCAAAUCAUGUGCGUGCUAGAUCCGAGUUGCGUGAUUCGAACGUUCAUCACGAACUGCAAGCAGAUCUAGUGAAGCACAUAUGGACAAAGUUUGCAAAUGCUUCGUGAUGGAAGAUGAUUUGUAUCGUACUAAUUACGUUAUUUGUGUGUUGUGUGCUUAGUUUGUUGUCUUGCAUUUUAAGUUAAGAAAAUAAA